CUGGAGACGUCACAUGUCUUAUUCACCUGUUAAACAAGUAACUGAGAAAGUGACCAGACAGGUUUGCACCACUUUGAGUCAGGAGGAGGAGAGUCUAAAACAAACUUACUGAGAAAGCACAGGCAGUGGAAGGUGUCUCCACCCCUUGUAUCUCUAAGUAGUACAGUCCCGGAACUUUUACCAGUGUCAGAAACUUGGAUCUUACGGUGGAGUCAAAAAAGUAAGAAGCAAGUCAGAUAUGGGUGGCGAGUAUUCCCUACUCUGUUACUUCCAGUUUGUUUCACUCUGGAGGACAUGUUGGUAACAACUGCAGGAUUCUGGAAUUGCUCCCUGGCUCUUAUCUCACAAAGUAACCAUGGAGGUUGAUACGCCGGACUUAUUUGAAGAUUACGAGAGUGAUGUGUUUAUCAAUGAGAGUGGCGCAGAAUCUGGCUUUCCUGCAAACCUCAACUCAUGGCCCCCCACUUUUCCAGCUGUCUGGACACCGCUAAAGCCUGAAGAUCAGGAAGGUGAAGUGUUGCCAAAUGAAUGUUCAAGUGGCAGAGGCAGUGCAGACAGUGCCAACUCGGCUUUCUCACAAGAAGGCCGUAGUCGCACCUCAUCUCUCGUGAAUGGUUUACUUACAGAGCUCUAUGACACAUACCGGUCUGGAUCUACCUCUGGACAUCUUUACCAUGAUAGUGUGGACAGCUCAACAGAGGCAUCUGGAUCGGAUGCCUUUCUAAGCAGAAGUAAUCCUGAAUCUGGCUUCCUUCAGGAGCUUUCGGAGAAGCAAAGUCGCAGGCAUCAAAUACAGUAUCUGAAGCAGAAAGAUAUUGGAGAACUAAAAUCCAUAAGAGGAGAGCUGGACCACCAAAUUGGAGUUCAGUCUGCCAAACUCUUACGUCAGCUGAAGCAGAAGGACAGACUCCAAAACAAACUGCAGAAGAAUUGCGAUAUUGUCACGGCGUGUUUGCAGGCAGUUUCACAGAAAAGGCGUGUGGACAUGAAGUUGAAGUUUACGCUUGAACCCUCCCUAGGGCAGAAUGGCUUUCAACAGUGGUAUGAUGCUCUUAAAGCUGUGGCCAGACUCCCAACCGGUAUACCAAAAGAAUGGAGGCAGAGAGUAUGGCUAAACUUAGCAGACCACUACUUGCACAGUAUUUCUAUUGACUGGGAAAAAACCCUUCGCUUUACAUUCAAUGAAAGAAGCAAUCCUGAUGAUGACUCCAUGGGUAUACAGAUAGUUAAGGAUCUACACAGAACAGGCUGCAGCUCCUAUUGCGGACAGGAGGCAGAGCAAGAUCGAGUGGUUUUGAAACGUGUCCUGUUGGCCUAUGCCAGAUGGAACAAGUCUGUUGGAUACUGUCAAGGAUUUAACAUAUUGGCUGCACUCAUACUGGAAGUUAUGGAUGGGAAUGAAGGUGAUGCACUAAAAAUAAUGAUCUAUCUCAUAGACAAAGUGCUUCCAGAUAGUUACUUUGUUAAUAAUCUGCGAGCUUUAUCGGUGGAUAUGGCUGUGUUUCGGGACCUUUUGAGAAUGAAACUGCCUGAACUAUCCCAGCAUCUUGAUGUACUCCAGAGAACCGCUAACAGGGAGAGUGGAGGAGGUUAUGAGCCGCCUCUCACAAACGUCUUUACAAUGCAGUGGUUUUUGACUUUGUUUGCGACCUGCCUUCCCAAUCACACGGUUCUGAAGAUCUGGGAUUCCGUGUUCUUUGAAGGUUCAGAGAUCAUCCUUAGGGUUGCAUUGGCCAUUUGGGAAAAACUAGGAGAGCAGAUUGAAUGCUGUCAGAACGCUGAUGACUUCUACAGUACAAUGGGGAGGUUGACCCAGGAGAUGCUUGAAGAUAACAUAAUAGACAGCAAUGAACUGAUGCAGACUGUUUACUCUAUGGCUCCAUUCCCAUUCCCACAGCUGUCUGAACUGAGGGAGAAGUACACCUAUAACAUUACCCCAUUCCCAGCACCUGUUAAAUCCGCUUCAUUCUCUGGGUGUUCAACGAAAAUGCGCGACAGUGAUGAAGAAAAUGAUGUGGAUGAGGAUGAUAUUAAUGCCAAUUCUGUAGGCUGUCUUGGACCAUUCAGUGGACUCUUGGCCACAGAGCUGCUAAGUUACCAAAAACAAAUAAAAGAUCAAAAAGAGGAACAGGGACUGAAACCAAAUAAUAUUGCUGAGCUGAGUCCGGGUGCCAUAGAUUCCUGCCGGAGCGAGUACCAUGCAGUGUUUAACAGUAUGAUGAUGGAGCGCAUGACCACGGAUAUCCAUGCCCUGAAACAACAAUAUUCCAGAAUUAAGAAAAGGCAGUUGCAACAAAUUAACCAAGUGUAUAUCAGAGCAGGGCUUCAAGAAGAAAAAGACCCUGGGAUCCCACUUGAUCCCAGGGAUCAGCUGACUAAUGAUAAAGGGCCUGUGAGCAGCAUCCUGCCGUCUCAAGUAAACAAUUCUCCAGUUAUCAAUCAUCUGUUACUUGGUAAAAAGCUGAAGCAGGUGAAUCGAUCCGCUAAAAAUGCAGUUGUGCAGUUACCAACUUCAAAAUCCUCACCGCUUCUUAAUGAAGACUCAAAGGGCAAGAUGAACUCACCCUGGAGAACCCACAUCAGAGUUCAUCGAAAGACCAAAGGUCAACUUGGCUAUGGAGACACAGUUGGACUCAUAGAGGAGCAAAAUGAGGUCCCCAAGGAUCUGGUUGAUGGGUCAAAAGAAGCUGAAGAAUCUGUGCAGAUUCCUACUACAACAGUUGGAGGAGAAACCAGUUUGGAUAGAACGGUUUUGAAAGUUGACGGCCAUUCUGCUGAACCAGUCUAUCAGGAUGAGAAUGCAAAUGUGACUGUUGUGCAAAGCAAGUUGGAGGCACUGGAGCUAAACGCAAAAGACGAAGCGGAGGGAAAGUCAGAGAAUAUCUUGCAGCUUCCACCCCCCGACUUGCACAACACGUCAAGUGAUAGUGGAACUUUGGCAAGAUCACCCAAAGAACAGGUUUUUAGCCCUUUCCCAAGUGUCAAACCACUUAGGAAAUCCACCGCGGCCAGAAAUUUGGGUUUAUAUGGUCCAAAUAAUAGAACCCCUACUGUGAACUUUCCACACAUGAGCAGGAGCUUCAAUAAGCUGUCCAAUGGUACAGCUGGUAGCAAAAAACGAUAACUUAACGUAAGCACUUUACACGCCUUGAUAGCUUUGGUUUCUUUUCCAAAACGGAGUCUUUUUU